AUGGCUGACCCUCGGCUGCGGGCCAGCGUCGCUGGCUGCGGAGGAGCUGGGCAGCAGGGCACCGUCUCCAGGCUUGACUGUCUGAACUCAGCAGCCCCGUGCAGGCUGCUGCUGCCUCUGCCAUGCUCAUUCUGCCCCACUGGUCUCCCUGGGGGACGUUGCUCCCCCGCGCUGCCUGCCCCUCACCCCACACACCACAAAGGGGAAGUUAGCGAGAAAGGAAGUCUCCCCGCGCACUCACUCCGCUUCAGCGGCCACCACUCCCCAUUACCGGCACCGCUGCCUUCUGCACACAGCCCUGCCAGGCCGGCUGGGCCCAUGGAGACCCCUAUGAAGGCCGGGAUCCUCUAUGUCCAGCACUUGAAAUUUGGAAAGAAGUCCUGGAGGAAGGUGUGGGCCCAGCUCUUUGCCAACAGCCCCUGUGGCAUUGCCCGGCUGGAGACAUGCGAAGUGCGGAACGACGGCUCUGGUCCAGAGAAGGCAUCCCUGCGGAGGUGUGAGCGCCGGGUCAUCCGGCUCGCAGACUGUGUCUCUGUGGGGCCCGCAGACGGCCACAGCUGCCCCAAGGGCACGGCUGCCUUCUCCCUGAACACCAUGGAGAAGAGCUACAUGCUGGCAGCCGAGCAGCGGGACGGGUGGAUAGCACAGCUCAGCCAGCUGGCCUUCCAGUGCACUAACGAGCCAGCACCUGGCAGCACCAGGGACCCCCCUGGACCUGAUCUCCACGUGGAGGAAAACACCCUCUACUCAUCCUGGCAGGACUUGAACGAGUUCCUGGUGCUGGUGCACAGGACGGAUGCCUCCGCCAGGUGCGGCCUGAGUGGGCACUACCUGCUGGCCGCCUUGCCCAAGGGACUUGUGCUGAAGACCCCCCAGUCCCGCCAGUCCCUCCUCACCUGGCCCUACCCCUUCCUGCGCAAAUUCGGCCACGACAAGGCCCUGUUCUCCUUCGAGGCAGGCCGCCGCUGCGACUCGGGCGAGGGCAUCUUCACCUUGGCCACCAGCCGGGCCGCGGAGCUGUGCAACCUCGUCUCCGCAGCCAUCGCCCGCCAGAGCAGCAGCCUCCUGGGCAGGAGCAGCCCCCAAGCGCCGGAGCCUCUGGGCUCCAGGCAGGGAAUGGAGCCCAGGCUGCGGAGCUCCCAGAGCCUGGAGGAAGCGCUGCCCCCCUGGGCCCUGGAGGGUGCAGGGAGGCCGUCCCUCCCUGCGGGGCUUUGUCCAGAGAGCGGACAGGCCCUGCCCUGCACCCUGGAGUUGGGGGGCUGUGCAGGGGCAGGAGCUGAGACCCCCAUCGUCUAUGCCUCCAUCCACAGAGGCCUGCAGCCCCCGCUCGAGCCCUGGGGAGAGGCCAAGGUGGAGCAGGGAGUGGCCAGGGCGUUCUGCGGGCAGGGACUCCGGCUUUCGGAGCAUCUCUACGAGAACCUCUACACCCUGGGCCGCUCCUGCUCCGUGGAGGGGGAGGGGUCCUCACUCCUGGGCUCCAGGGGCUCCCCGGAAGGGAGCAGCACCAACCAGGCCCCCAUCUACGACAACAGCUGCAUGGUGUCCAAGCGCUGGAGCAGCCCCCUGGCUCCCAGCACGGGGCCCAGCCCCUCCCUGGAGGCCCAGUACAGGCGGCUGCUGGAUCAGGAGGGGCAGGAGCGGGGCGAGGAGGAGGAGGGGGAGGAAGAUGCUCUAGUCAGCUCCCUCCCGCAGGCCACAGUUAACAGUGGCUUCAGGAAGCUAGUCACCCUCCUAAGCCAAGAGGUAGCCCCCAAGGUGCCUGGCAAGAGCUCCAGCAGCCUGGACAGGGCCUAGCCCCCCUGCUGGGCAGCUCUGGGCACAGGCUGGCGGUGAGGGGGGCACGCAGCCUGCAUCUCCCCCUACGCUGAGAUUCACCCUAGCCCUGAGCACACGGCUGGGUCAGCCAAGGGCAGCCCCCAGCUCUCCCCUGCCCUGCCUGAGCCCGAACCCCGGGAGAGAAGGCUGGCCCAGGACUCCUGGGUUACUCAGGCAGGUGCCUGGGUGAGGCUCAGUCAUUCCAGCGGGAUGGUGGCUGCUCCCAAGCCUGGCAUAGGCUGACUCUGCCCUUGGCACCUGGGCCCCUCCGCAGGGACAGGGACAGAUUCUGCACAGGCCUGGCCUGGCCUUCCCCUUCGAAGGUGUGGGAGGGAGGGAUGGAGCCAGUGUGGCCUCAUGCAUGCCCUCAGCACAGGGCGCCAGGGCUGGGGUGGCUGGGGCUGGGUCGCAUGAACGGGCUGUGCCCGGUGGGUGAUGGGGAGAGGUACCCUGCCGGGAGGGUGGGUCACAUGGCAGCUGCCUGGCACAGGCUCCCCAGAGGUGCUCAAACGGCAGGGGAAGGUCUGAGCGUGGCUGGGGGCAAGGCUGGCUGCUGCAGGUCAGGGAGACAGCCGGGGCUCCCUGUUCUCAUCGCUCCGCUGCCCCGCAGCUGGCAGCCAGUGCACUCCAGGCGGGCUAGGAGCAGGCAGGUGCUGCUGACACUAACGCUGCCGUGGAGCGUGGCCGCCUGGGGCAGCCCAAUGGCCCGCCCCGGGUCCUGUCUGCCACCACUUCCGAGGGAGCGAACAGAACAGGGUGAGUGUGAGCAAUUCGCACCCUGGACUCCAGCCCCGGGUGCUGGCAGUCAGAGGUUAGGGACACCUGGAGUGUGGGGUUUGGUCCCUGCCCAUCCUGGCUAACAGCCUUUGAUGGACCUGUCUGCCAUGAAUUUACCUAGUUCUUUUUUCAACCCUGGUAUAGUUUUGGCCUUCACAACAUCCUCUGGCAAAGAGUUCCCCAGGCUGACUGUGCGUUGUGUGAAGAAGUACUUCCUUUUGUUUGUUUUAAACCUGCUGCCUGUUAAUUUCCUUGGGUAUCCCCUGGUUCUUGUGUUAUGAGAAGUAAAUAACAUGUCCCUAGUCA